UUUUGGAUACACCGUGCGUGUGGAUGUACCUGCAAGGGCGUUUACAAUAAUCCCUUAUAUGUGUAUUCGUAAUUAGGAAUAUAUAAGUUUCGUUAUUUUCGUAUAGAAAUGGCAAGCAUAGGACUGGUCGUUGGCGCGCCGAAUUCAGAAGAAAGGGCUGUUUUCACGCAGCUGAAACCCGUCCGGAUGUCUUGCGUGGAUGGGCCGGAGGACUCUUCAGUGUUUGAGGACGUCAAACCCGCAGUGAGUCUAGCACCAAACGCUGUUGAAAUGGCGCAGACGCGGAUGGAAAUGGAUAAAUAUUUGCCCCAAAGUGGCCUACUGCUAUCUCCAAACAUAACUGAUAAGAAGUAUCGUCGAGAAAGUGCCUCUGUUGUGGACGAAUAUUUUGCUGAUGAGAAACCUGCCCCUUACAGUCUCAACAUAAACGUUAUCCUACCCAAUACCACACACCUUCGCACAGGCCUGUACCGACCAAACAAGCCUUCGGUGCAUCAGAUCAAAACUGAGCCAGGUGUGGAAGAACCCUGUGGAAUUCAGUCACUUCCCGAAUUUACCUCCGUCUUCAAUGUGCCCCAGACGGUCAACAGCCUCUUCAUCAAACCUGACAUGACCGUCACAGACGAGCUCCAUAUUGGCCCUCAGCAGCCAUCAGUCUAUCAGAUGCCCAUCAGUAGUAGCGACCUAACCACAAUGACCUUCUCCCAGAGUCAGGCUAUGAAUGGAGUUGGUGCGUCGGACAGGACGAUGCUCAACCUGAACAAUGUGGCAUUGACAACACAUUCUGGAGAAUUUGUCAUGCCUGAAUCAUUCUACACUUCUCCCCAGCCCCAUAGUUUGCCUCCAUCACCCCCCAACUCCCAGCCUGGCAGUCCGGAGGACCAGGCAGAGCUUAUUACCACUGUUCUCCCUCCCCCUCCGUACCAGGCUAGAAUCGGAAUGAAGGUUGGACAGAUGACCUCUCAUUCCAUGCUAAUGGCCCAUGGUCAGGGUGUACUCACUGGGCCCAGAUACAACCGACGGAGCAACCCCGAGCUGGAGAAGAGACGGAUCCAUCACUGUGACUUCCCAGGAUGCUCCAAAGUUUACACAAAGAGCUCUCACUUGAAAGCACACCAAAGGACUCAUACAGGUGAGAAGCCAUACCGGUGCAGCUGGGAAGGAUGCGACUGGCGUUUCGCCCGUUCCGAUGAACUGACACGGCAUUACCGCAAACACACUGGUGCAAAACCCUUCAAAUGCAUCGCUUGCAGUCGCUGCUUCUCUCGCUCAGACCACCUGGCGCUGCAUAUGAAGCGCCACCAAAACUAAUGGACUUCACAUCCAUACAUUUUCAAGUUUUAUAAUGAUUUUAUUCUUAUAAAUAGUUCCCAUUUAUUGACAAAUGCAGAACAAAUGACUAUGUUCAUAAAAACUUUGCCAAUUACAAACCAGCACUCACAUACCACAUCGAUUGUCUUGAAGAGGACAUGACAUCAUUAAAACAUCACGGCAAAGAGCCUAACUAGGUUGUAUAGUACUGUACAUAUGUUUGUAUGUGUCUGUAAUGUAAAAGAAUGUCUUGAAUUUUAUACUUGACCUCCCUUUUCUGACUAAAAUUUGAAAGUACAUUUUGUUCCGUUGGGAACAAAAAUGUCUUCCGAAUAACUUGAAAUGCAAUCUUUGAAUUAAUGGUUAUUGUUAAUUGGUUAUUUCUAGAUGACAGUAACGCUGUAUAAUAUUUAUAUGUAAUUCCCUUCCCAACCUUCAACAAAAAUCUCAAGUUUUUUGCGUUUGGGUUACGAUACAAAAUUGAGCGACCAUAAUGUUUGCUUUUCUCAUAGUCCAGUAUCCAUGGAAACAUAUCUUUAUGGGACUGUGUAAAAAGUAUCGCUCAGAUCAGUUGACUGUGACAGUUUAUAUGGCUGAUGUUUACAUUUAAAUGACAAAUUAGCUCACAAUUGCAUGUUGACAUCAACCGUUCAAAGGUAUGAACCCAUGUUUUAUUUGAUUGUGUGUGCCAAAUUGUACAUGAAUUUGAGAUGUAUUUAUUUGCAAGUGGAUUUUUCAUGAAAAACUACAAAAUAUGGAGCAUUUUCAUGUCAAAUUUUAAGUAGGUACCCUUCAAAAUAUUAUUAUUUUUUAAAUCUGUGAGGAAGAAGUACUUUUUUAACAAGUUCAUAAGAAAUUGUGGAAGACUUUGAAGCCUCUUAAUCCCUCACUUUCUCAAGAACAAAUGUAUUCUGUAUGGUCACACUGUAUGGAUGCAGUUGCCUUUUUAAUGCUGUUUGUAACCGGUGUGAGCAACCACGGUUUGUAAAAGUUCUCAAGUUCCCUCUGUUUGUGUCCUUCACUUAUUAAGGGACCUCUGUUGGAUCAAACGAUACUGUAUAUACUGUAGUUAAAAACUGUGUAAAUAUUUUUUCCUCUUUGAAGCUGAUUUUAUUAUGAACAAAUGGGAUUUUAUUAAGCUUGUCUUGAAUGUGGGUGAAUUGAGUUUGUAGAUCGUUCAUUGUUGCAAAAAGUGAUGAUCCGGUUAACAUGUUGUAUUUUCAUUCUUGAGUUCAACUAAUUUUGAAAAUAAAACGAGUAAUCGCAUUUUGUCCUAGAUACUUUAAUAGUGAUGUUGUCUU